AUGGCAGAGUUUGAAAUGACAGAUCUAGGGAUGAUGCAUUAUUUUCUUGGCAUUAAGGUAAUACAAUCAGUAGUGGGAAUUUUCAUCAAUCAGAAGAAAUAUGUACUGGAGAUCUUGGACAGGUUUCAAAUGGAGAAUUGCAACUUGGCCACAACUCCAGUUAAACCCAAUUUGAAGCUCACAAAGGACCAUGAAGGAAAGAAGGUCAACAGUACUCUCUAUAAACAAAAGGUUGGAAGCUUGAUGUACUUAAUAGCUACAAGGCUUGAUAUUAUGUAUGUUGUAAGUUUAAUUAGCAGGUUUAUGGAAUCUCCAACUGAGCUUCAUCUCUUUGCUGCCAAAAGAAUCUUACGUUACUUAAAAAGGACUCCUGAUCUUGGCAUACUUUAUCAAAAAGAAGAAAAUCUAAACCUUGUUGGUUUUAGCGAUAGUGAUUAUGCAGGAGAUUUAAAUGAUAGAAAGAGUACUUUAGGGUAUGUUUUCAUUUUUGGUUCAGGAGCUAUCUCAUGGUCUUCCAAGAAACAGCCAAUUGUCACACUAUCUACCACUAAAGCUGAACUUGUAGCAGCAACAUCAUGUGCAUGUCAAGCCAUUUGGUUGAGGAACAUUCUUGAGAAUUUACAUUAUAAGCAAGAAGAAGCAUCUAUCAUUCAUUGUGAUAACACAUCAACAAUCAAGCUCUCAAGGAAUCUUGCCUUGCAUGGAUGA